AUGGAGGGACCAGACGCACUACCAGAGACGCAUGAAGCUGCUAAUGCUCCAACCAAAGGGCCGGGUGAAGAUGAACGGGACACAACGACGCUGACAGCUGAACUAACAGCACUAGCCUCUCUCCAUGCCAGUAAUGCGGCGGCGCUGUGUGCAGAGGCGGACAGGAAGUUAGAACUCCUACUGAAGGAGUGCACACAGCUUGAUUUGGAGUGUGAGAAGAUACUUGAGCAAGCCCAGGAACAGGAAAAGCCUCCGGAAGAACCCCCUCAGCAACAGCAGGAGGUUCAGGAGCAGGCGCCGAAGCAAGCAACUGCGAACAACAGUAGUAACGGCAAAGGAUCUGAGCCAGCUCCUUUCGUCCCCAAAUUGACGCGUGUUACCCCAAAGCCGGCGAGGUUUUUGCCAAAGAGGAAAUAG